ACUGUAUUUACGAUGAAGCAGUGCAUAAAAAUUGAGUCUAGCCGUGUUAUUUUAGUCCCAUAUGAAGAGAAACACGUUCCCAAGUAUCAUGAGUGGAUGAAAAAUCCAGAUCUGCAGGAGGCAACAAGCAGUUCACCUUUGUCCUUGCAGGAAGAAUAUCAAAUGCAGAAAUCCUGGAGGGAUGAUUCAGAUAAAUACACUUUCAUCGUCCUGGACAAGAAUAUCUUCCGGGAAACUUCAGAUGAAGUUAAAUCAAUGGUCGGGGAUGUCAAUAUGUUUCUCCUUCCAGAUGUAGAAGAAACUGGGAUAAAGACCGGUGAAGUGACAAUAAUGAUUGCUGAAUCACUUGCUCGAAGAAAGGGUUUUGGUCAGGAAACGAUGAUGCUCAUGAUGAAUUACUGCAUACAAAGUCUCAAUAUCAGGAAAAUCGUAGCAUUGAUUGGAGAGAAAAACUCAGCUAGCGUGAAAUUGUUUGAAAAACUAAGAUUCAGUGAAGUUGAGAAAACGUACUUCGGGGAGUGGAAGUACGAAAAAGUGGUGAUAGAAAGUGAUUGGGAACAUUUCAAAGCAUCUACUGGACUUGUCUAUCAAGAGACUUUCUACCAGCGGCAAAGCGAUAGUAAAAGGUAGCAAAUCAAAUCUUGUGAACCAGAAAAUUGUUUUUUAUGAAUUCAAAUUGAAUUUUAUUAUGUAAGCGUGGUUUUAUGAAAGAUAAAAUCAAUUACAGUUUAAAGUUAAUUCAAUAUUUUCUAGAAAUUGUUUAGAAAACAAUCGAUUUCGUCUAGGCUCAAAAAAAAAAAAACUUGAGACGAGAAAAUUAUCUACUCAAUAGUGGCCGCAUAAACGCAAAAUAUAUAAUUACUUGAAAAGGACUCGAGUGUAAGCACAAUAAAAAAAUACUCAAAGAAUUCGCUGUGAGA